AUGGGUGCGAGCAAUGACGGGCAGCCUGCGCCCGCGCAUGUCUCGGGCCAGUCCAACCGGCCCACGAGCCGUCCUGCCCAUGCCCUCACGUACGAGCAACUGGCCACAGAGCUGAAUGCCGACGUUCUGUCUGGGCUGACCGCGAACGAGGCCAAGACCCGACUUGAACAAUUUGGACGGAACGAUCUGGGCGAGGAGGAGGGUGUUCAGCCCCUCAAGAUCGUUGUCGCCCAGAUCGCCAAUGCCAUGACCUUGGUGCUUAUUCUCGCCAUGGCCGUCAGUUUCGGUAUCCAAUCUUGGAUCGAGGGUGGUGUCGUCGCCGCCGUCAUCCUGCUCAACGUCGUCGUCGGUUUCUUCCAGGAAUACUCGGCUGAAAAGACCAUGGAUUCCUUGCGCUCGCUCAGUUCUCCCACCGCUACUGUCGUCCGUAACGGCGAGGCCAUGGUCGUGCCCUCUGGUGAAGUCGUUCCCGGCGAUUUGAUCGAGGUCAAGAUGGGCGACACGAUUCCCGCCGAUAUCAGACUCAUUGAGGCCAAGAACUUCGAAACCGACGAAGCCCUGUUGACUGGUGAAUCCCUGCCCGUGCGGAAGCGCGAGCAUGCCACCUUCGAGGACAACACCGGACCCGGUGACCGGCUCAACGUUGCCUACAGCAGCUCGACCGUAACCAAAGGCCGCGCCAAAGGAAUUGUCUUCGCGACUGCUACUUUCACCGAGAUCGGCGCCAUCGCGUCGGCCCUCAACCAAAAGGAACGCCGCGUGCGCCCCGUCAAGCGCAAGGAAAACGGCAAGGCCGGGCCCCAUCGUUACCUGGAAGCUUACACUCUCACCCUGGGCGAUGCCCUUGGUCGUUUCCUGGGCGUCAACGUCGGCACCCCGCUGCAGCGCAAGCUGAGCAAGCUGGCCAUGCUCUUGUUCGGUGUUGCCGUCGUCUGCGCCAUCAUCGUCCUCGGUGCCAACCGCUUCCACACUUCGCAAGCAGUCAUCAUCUACGCCGUGGCCACUGGUCUUUCUAUGAUCCCCGCCUCUCUGGUCGUCGUUCUUACUAUUACCAUGGCCGCCGGUACCAAGCGCAUGGUGCAACGCCACGUCAUCGUCCGCAACCUCAAGAGUCUUGAGGCUCUCGGCGCCGUGACCGACAUCUGCAGUGACAAGACCGGCACCCUCACCCAGGGCAAGAUGGUUGCCCGUGGCGCAUGGGUUCCCGGCAUCGGCACAUAUACCGUCGAGCUGACCUCGAGCGAGCCCUUUAACCCAACCCAGGGCGAUAUCCGCUUUGAGGCCCGCGAGCCGACCGACAUCAACUUCGGUCCGCGCUCCGACAAGGAAGAGGAGGGGGCUAGUGAAAAGGCUCCCGUCUCCGCCCCUGCCGACCUUCUCGCCUCCAGCAAAUCUCGUCUGCAGGAAUUCCUCACCGUCGCCUCGCUUGCCAACGUCGCCACCGUCUUCGAGAAGGAAGGCGCUUGGGUUGCCCGCGGUGACCCCACUGAGAUCGCCAUCCAGGUCUUCGCCAGCCGUUUCGGCAAGAACAGACUCGAUGUCAUGAAGGAGACUGGCGGUAAUACCCCGGAGUGGCUGGAGGUGGCCGAAUUUCCAUUCGACAGCGACGUCAAGCGCAUGAGUGUCAUCAUGAAGCACAACACGACCGGAGAGCACUUUGGCUUCACCAAGGGCGCUGUCGAACGGGUUAUCCGGGUUUGCACCAAGUAUUGCACCGACGACGUGCCCAAGGGUGAGGUCGCCGAGGCUGAGAUGACUGAGGAAUUCCGGGAGCAGAUUCUGGCCAACAUGGAGGUGUUCGCCGGCCUCGGACUGCGUGUCCUGGCACUCGCGAGCAGGAAGCUGGACCCCGGCAUGAACGCUAGCGAGGACACCGACCGCAACGAGAUCGAGAAGGACCUGACUUUCCUCGGCUUGAUUGGACUCUACGACCCACCCCGUCCCGAGUCGGCCCCGGCCGUGCGUGAGUGCCACGAGGCUGGCAUUUCGGUACACAUGCUCACGGGUGACCACCCGGAAACGGCCAAGGCGAUCGCCAUCGAGGUGGGCAUCCUGCCCAAGGCCAUGAACAGGGUCAGCGCCGAUAUCGCCAGCGCCAUGGUCAUGACUGCCUCUGCAUUCGACGCUCUUUCCGACGACGAGGUUGACGGGCUUCCGGUCUUGCCGCUGGUGAUUGCGCGAUGCGCACCGAGCACCAAGGUGCGCAUGAUUGACGCCCUCCACCGUCGCAAGAGAUUUGUCGCCAUGACGGGUGACGGCGUAAAUGACUCCCCCUCCCUGCGUCGCGCUGACGUCGGCAUUGCCAUGGGUCAAGCCGGCUCCGACGUGGCCAAGGACGCCUCCGACAUUGUGCUGACUGACGAUAACUUCGCCUCCAUCGUGGCUGCCAUCGAAGAAGGCCGCCGUAUCUUCGACAACAUCCAGAAGUUCGUCCUGCACGUGCUGGCCGAAAACCUUGCCCAGGCCGGUACUCUCCUUGUGGGUCUUGCUUUCAAGGACGCCUCUUCGCUCUCCGUUUUCCCCCUCGCCCCCGUCGAAAUUGUGUGGAUCAUCAUGAUCACAUCGGGCUUGCCCGACAUGGGUCUGGGUUUCGAGCGCGCCGUUCCGGAUAUCAUGCGGCGCCCGCCGCACUCGCUCAAGAUGGGUAUCUUCACGUUCGAGUUCCUCGUCGAUAUGGUCGUCUACGGCUUGUGGGUGGCCACGCUGUGCCUGGCCAGUUUCGUGCUGCGUGUUUACGCGUGGGGCAACGGCAACCUUGGCGAGUACUGCAACGACGGCUACAGCGAGCAGUGCGACACCGUCUUCCGCGCCCGCGCCACCACCUUUGCCUGCCUGACCUGGUUCUCGCUCUUCCUCGCCUGGGAGGUCGUCGAUAUGCGCCGCUCCUUCUUCCGCAUGCAGCCCGGCAGCAAGCUCUACUUCACCCAGUGGUUCCACGACGUCUGGCGCAACAAGUUCCUCUUCUGGGCCAUCCUGUUCGGCUUCGUCUCCCUCUUCCCCACCCUUUACAUCCCCGUCAUCAACCACGCCGUCUUCAAGCACACCGGCAUCAGCUGGGAGUGGGGCAUCGUCUUCGUCGCCGCCGGCCUGUUCUUUGCGGGCGUCGAGGCCUGGAAGUGGGCCAAGCGUGUGUUCUUUAGGAGACGGGCGCGCAAAUCCACGGGCAGGGCCUGGAAGGAUCUGGACAUCGAGGAGCGCGUGUUUGGCGAAUAUCUCAGCGGUUAUGAGAGCUCCGAGGUCGCUGCCGCUAACGGGCGCGAUUGA